AACAAAAGAAAAUAAUAACGAACAACUCAAAAACAAAACAUGAAAAUCCGUGCGUAAGGCAUUGCUAGGCAACCCGGGAAGCUGGUGCAGACGCACCAGUCGCAUACAAAGCUACUACCACUUUUCAUUUGGUUGUCAAACAUAGUUUUGUAUUUUUUUUUCCUCUGUACUAAAGAAACAUAACGACAUGUCAAAUGAUACCUCUGUGAACAAUACCUCGAGUAUCCUAUUCUACCCAGGCUAUAUAAAAACGGUUGAUGGAAUCCUCAAAGCCCUGCAAGUGAUUGUGGGAUUCCUUGUCAUUGGAUUGGUUGCAUCCUUUUUUUAUCCAUGUACUCCAUUGUUUUUUACAGCCAAACUACUUUUGCUAUUAAUAGCUACAGUAUCUUUGAUGAUGAAUUUUUGCCUCCUGAUCACUUGCCUCCUCUCUAUUUCAGCGACCACAGUUAUUUCCAAGACAAUUUUUGAAUUCACCUACAAUUUGAUUACGUUCUGUCUUUACCUGCCGUCAUCUAUAUACAUGCUCGUGCAAACAUAUUCCCAUCAAAAUUACGGAGAUCCGGAGAUAAAGGCCCUGAUUUCGGCUGGGGCAUUCGGAGUCAUCAGCUCGAUCCUAUGUCUGGUGAGUUUCUUUCGUGCUCUCUGCGAUCAGAUUCGCCUAUAUGAUCACGUAGAAAAACAACGCGAAAAUGAAACCACCGCUGCCUUGAUACCUCCAUGAAGUAAAAAUAUUACAACAUUGAAAAGAA